AUGGUGCAAGGUGCAAUGACAUCGAGCCAUCGGGCCUGGAACGAUUGGCAGUCCCAUGUCGUCGAGCCCCAUAAAGACACAUGCUUUGCCAUUCUCACUUCCCUUCGUCAGAGCUACCCUGGUCACGUCGUCACAGUUGCCCCGGAUAAGACUGGUCUCACUAAAUUCGCCGAAGCUGGUCAUGCUAAAGCGGUGUUAGAUGAGGAAGACGAGAGGUUUUAUUUCUGGAGGACUUACGUACCAGCAGAUCGCAGGUCCAGUGUUGACUCUGGCAAACUUAGUGACGAGGUGAAGUUUGGCAAGUCCGCUUACCACUGGGAUGGUCACGACUUUAUCGUCUACUAUGCGGAUUUCAUUGUCGAUUAUGUGUUUGAGCGUCGUCAACAAUACUAUUUCAUUCUCUAUGAUCGAAGCAAAACGAGCGGAGAAAUCCGACCUAAAGCUGUGGAUGACCUGAUUGCUACAUCGACAAAAUGGAACGAAGACUUGCAUGAUGAAAUCUGGAUGUAUGACCGAGAGUCUUGGACAAAGGAAAAGAAACUCUUCAGAAGCGUGCAGCAGGCCAAGUGGGACGACGUGGUUCUCGAUCCUAGUAUGAAGAAGGACUUGAUCGAUGAUGUCGAGGGCUUCUUCAACAAUGAGGCCGAGUAUCGAGAAUUUUCCGUGCCUUUCAAGCGUGGAGUGAUCUUGCAUGGACCGCCUGGAAACGGCAAGAGUCUCUGCAUCAAAGCACUGAUGAAUUCUCUGCUUACUAGGCCUGAACCGAUCCCCACACUAUACGUCAAGUCCUUCCAAGGCUGCCAUGAGGAAUGGUACAACAUCCGAGAAGUUUUUGAGAAAGCUCGGAACACAACGCCGUGUCUACUGAUCUUCGAGGAUCUAGACAGCAUGGUCACGGAGAAGGUCCGGAGCUUCUUCUUGAACGAGGUUGAUGGACUCGAGGAUAACGAUGGCCUAAUGAUCAUUGGUAGCACCAACUAUCUUGAGAAGCUGGACCCCAGUAUCACGAAGCGCCCCAGUCGGUUCGACAGAAAAUUCCAUUUCUCCUUGCCUGGACGUUCCGAGCGCGUCUUGUACGCUGAGUACUGGCGUGGCAAGCUUGCCAAAAACCAAAAUAUCGAGUUUCCAGAAGGGCUUGCAGAAGCUAUUGCGUCCAUUACUGACGGCUUCUCUUUCGCUUAUAUGAAGGAAGUCUUCAUCACCUCUUUGCUUUCAAUUGUAGGGGCUCGACGAAUGGGUGCUGAAGAGCCCGAGGGAUUGGACGAAGUGAACGGUGACGUCGACGGGAAGGUUAAUGGCCACGUCGAGGGGGCAUCCAAUGACUACCAGGAUGUCCUGCUGUGGCGGACAGUACGCAAGCAAGUCAACAUAUUACGGCGUGAAAUGAAGGAAGCCGAUGAAGGUACAGAUGGAAACAAAGCGAAAGACGCAGACGGCAACUCUAAGAACGAGGAAGAGGAAAGCGUGAAGGCUCUUGUGAAGAACUUUGCCAGCCUCCUAGCUAAAUAUAGUGUUGGCGAGUAA